UAGCUCGCUGAGAUCUUUGCAGAGAGCAGAAGCAAGAACCAGAGGUCAGAGAGUAUCUAGCCUCGCUUUCGUACUCAGGAGAACUUCCAGAGAAGAGCCUGCCGCGUUUCCAGCCCAGCCAUGCUCCUGCUGCUCGCCUCAGUGCUGGGGCUUCACUUGGCCCUGAGAGACGCUGGAGCCCAGACGGUGACCCAGCCCGACGCCUACGUCUCUGUGUCUGAAGGAGACUCUGUGGAGCUGAGGUGCAACUACUCCUAUGGGGCAACCCCCUACCUCUUCUGGUAUGUCCAGCACCGCGGCCAAGGUCCUCAGCCUCUCCUGAGGUACUUUUCAGGGAACACCCUGGUUCAGGGCCUCCACGGUUUUGAGGCUGAAUUUAAGAAGAGCGAAUCUUCCUUCCACCUGAGGAAGCCCUCUGUGCACCUGAGUGACGCAGCCCGGUACUGGUGUGCUCUGAGUGCCACAGCGCCUGGGGCUGCAGGGGGAGCAGUGCACAAACCACCCCUGAGUGCAGAGCUCAGAAACUCAGCAGCUCUUCCUGGGCUGCGAAGUCAGCGGCAUCUUCAGGAGCAACAAAACUGCUCAAAUAACACCCUCGGAACACUCUUACACAUCGAAUCUCUAAGUCAUCAUCGAGCGACCGUCACCCCUGCACCAACCCCAUUCCGGGGUGCUGAUGUAGUUUUACACCAAGAAGUGGCCCUUUCCCCUUCCCUCCCUGUAUGUCAUUAUUACCAGCUCAGCUACACUGCUCCGAAGGAUUCUGGCAGGCAUUUUAUGCAGAUUUGCAAAGAAUAUGAAAUUCUUUUGAUCCUGAACUCAAACUUAGUAUUAAAGAAGUAA